CUAUGAUUGAAAGGUCAGAUUUUAGGAUAAAACAUGGGUUCUGGAGCUUCCAAACCUCCACCAAAAACUAAAGAAGAAUCAGACAGGGGAAAAGAGGCAACAGGAUCGACUCGUAGUAAUCCAAAUCAGGUGACUAGCCAAGGAGGUCAGAGUUCAAACCAGGGAUCAACGAGUGUAAGAUCAGGUCAAAACUUAGGCCAGAGAGAAGCAGGAAGGAGCUCAGAUCAACAGAUAAAGGGAACCAAGCAAAGAGGGGAACCAGACCAGAGUGUCACUAGAAGGGGGGAUAACUCAGCUGUACAGGAGAAUCAGGGACAAGAAGCAUCCAAUCAGAGGUCAGGACAGAGAGGUCAGCAGGGUCAAACUAGAAUGGAGGCUGCAUCUGGUUUUGGAAACACGGCUGCUCAGCAGAGCUCAGGGACUGGACGUGAAGACAUAAUCUUUGAGACAUUUUACCACAAGAGCGGGAAGGAAUUUCAAUGUAUGUACCUGGAUGGAAUGAGAUUUUACCUAGAUGACUGGGGUUCAAAGGAGUGGCAACCGUUUCCUAAGAGAUGGUACAAUGAAGGUUUACUCAUCACUAACUCAGUCGUCAAAGACCAAGAAAAUGAGAAUAGACGUCGUCAGCAACAACAACAACAACAACAGUUGUCUGGAGCCGGAGCCUCAGGGAGUCGUCAACAACAGCCGGGAUAUCAACAACAAUCGUCCAGUGGUCAAGACGACAGGGAGGGGGUGCUUAAUCACCCCAAAAGGGGCCGCAUUCCCACCUACAUAUUCCAAAGAAAACACAACAUCCACUGUUUCUAUGACCACACUCAAGGUCAGUGGAUGCGGCUACCAAUCGGAUGGGAACUUCAUCAUGAAAUGGUGGGAAAACUAGUGGACCAAGUUGAGGAAGCUCUCCCAACCUGGGGGGACAGGCAAGAUAUCCUUGCUCUACUCAGGCAGUGUAACUAUGACCCUGAUGAAUGCAUGUCUACAUAUCUACAUCUGGAAGGGGAUCCAUGGCUGAAAGCCCCUAAAACUCACAAAGAGGCGAAAGCAGCCGAGGAAAAAGAUGAGACGAUAGAACAACUCCGACAGCAGUUAAAGGAAGCUGAGGAGUCACUAAAACAAGAAAAAAUAGCUCGAGUAGAGGCUGAAAAAGUGGUCAAAGAUCAGGAGGAGAAGAUUACAGAGUUAGAAGUAGAAAACAAACAACACGAGGCACAACUAAUGUCCCUACAACAAAACCGACCCAAGACAGCCAUGCAACGACCAAAAACACCACAGGUGGUAACUCAGGUUGUGAAGGAGGAGACAGUAAAUCCAGAGGACAUUGUGCUACUUAACAACACUGCCAAGGAGCUCCGAAAGGCACAGGUUCACCUCAAAAUGGAGGUCCAGCGGUACUUUGAUGUCCUGAGAGGCCAGAUUGCCAAGGCCAAAGACGGUGUGAAGAAUAUUAAAUCAACCAGCAGUGGAAGUAUGGAGGAAAUGGAGGAAAUUCGGGCUCUCUAUAGAAAAGAGGCCAUGCAGAGAAAGCUGCUGUAUAAUCAGCUACAAGAACUGAGGGGUAACAUUCGCGUUUUCUGCCGUGCCAGACGAGAUGACAGAGUGAGCUGUUGUUUGAAAUUCCCCACAGACUCAGACAUUGUAGCGAUGGACAACAGUGGGCAGAAAAAAAUGUUUUCUUUUGACAAGGUGUAUGAUCCAAAUUCCACACAGGAACAGAUCUUUAGUGACACUAAAGCCAUUAUUUCGUCCUGUGUAGAUGGUUACAAUGUCUGUUUGAUGGCUUACGGACAGACAGGAUCCGGUAAAACGUUUACCAUGAUGGGACCGGAGAACAACCCAGGAAUAAACAUCAGAGCUAUGAAGGAGCUGUUUGAUGUUUGUAAAGAGAGAGUAGACACAGUUACUUAUACAUUAAAGGUCUCACUGAUUGAGAUAUAUAAUGAGACGAUACAGGACCUGCUCACCUCAGAUGCCAAGUCACUGGAACUCAGGACUGCAGGGAAUAAGGUGUCCAUUCCAAACCUUAAGGAGGUCGAGAUCAAGAAUCUCGAUGAUAUCAAGAAAACCAUGGCUCAGGGAGAUAAAAACCGGACGGUGGCAUCCACCAAAAUGAACUCAACCAGUUCUCGCUCUCAUCUACUGCUGAUGCUGAGUGUUGAAGGUCAAGACAAGGUCACAGGUGCAAUAACUAAAGGUACACUGACUCUGUGUGACUUAGCAGGGUCAGAGCGCAUCUCGAAAACUGAGGCUGAAGGUCAGAGGUUAGUGGAGGCUGCCGCCAUCAACAAGUCACUGUCAGCCCUUGGCCAGGUGUUCACAGCCUUAAGAACCAGUCAGCUACAUAUACCGUACAGAAACUCCAAACUGACUCAGAUAUUACAACCAUCUCUAGGAGGGGAUGCAAAGGCUUGUUUGUUUGUGAAUGUCAGCCCUGAUGUUAAUAACUUCUCGGAGACAGUUAGCACAUUGAAUUUUGGAUCGAAUGCUAAGCAGAUAGCCCUGGGGCAAGCGAAACAGAACAUUAGGAAAGGCCCUUAGUCAUAAAGUGGUGAUUUCAGAGGACAUGGACAAAAAUAACCCAUUGUUAAGUUUACAAAUUUAUUAUUUAUUGAGAUAGUCAUACCUACUCUGAAAUGUUGUCAAUACAUGUAUCAACCUAAAAGUGAGGAAAAGGCAGAUCCCCACUCUUCAAAAAAAUUGAAUAAGUCAACAGGACUAUUUUGGUACAUUCCUGUAAAAUUUCUCUGUGCAUAAACUUUAAGAGCCCUUAGUUCUGUUCACAAGGGAGAUGCUUCUCUUGUCCUAUAACACAGGUUUUAAAGCUCAGUAAUCACUUCAUAUAGA